AGCUUCUCGUCGCCUUCCUCAAGGAGAGGGAUCCCUCCGCGCUCACGCCCCGCCCCCUUUAGCCGGAUCUACUUUCCGUCCCGGUAACGAUUAACACCGUCAAUGAACUCUUUAAUUGAGCUCUGACAAAGGCGGACCCAGUUGUGCUUCCGCACAGCUAAUCGUUAACAAAAGAGAGGAUAUUGGCAGGCGCUUGGACCAAUCACAGAAGGACGCAGUAAGCGCGGGACGUUCGCGCAAAGGCAGAUCGGUUUCGGAGUUCCCGGGUGUGGUUGUUGACGUGACAGGACCUCAGGUGUCACUAGUUAAAGGCAUCCGCUGAAAGAGUGGGAGCAGAAGAUGGCCACUCUCAACCAGACCAACUGUAAUACAGCAGCCUUGGAGGAGGCCAAGCCCUCUCGUGGUCCAGGGAGCCCCCAUUCAGCUCCCGAGCCUCAGGACUGUGGUGGUUCCCUGCUCCUGACACCUCCAAAGGAGAUUCACUCAGAGGACGAAGAUCUUGCUCCAGCUGCCAGUGGUCCUGGCUGCAAUAGUAGGGGCUCCAAGACCGACGGUGCGGGUUGCUCAGUGGAAGCAGUGCUGGGCCGGAAGAAGCACCGUCGCCGGUCAUCCAAGCGCAAGCGACAUUGGAGGCCCUAUUUGGAGCUGAGCUGGGCAGAGAAGCAGCAGCGAGAUGAGAGGCAAGGUCAGAGGGCCUCCCGGGUGCGAGAGGAGAUGUUUGCCAAAGGCCAAGCCCUGGCGCCCUACAACACCACCCAGUUCCUGAUGAAUGACCGAGACCCCGAGGAACCUAACCUUGACAUGUCUCAUGGGGUGUCCCACCCAGGCACCAGUGGGGAGAGUGAGGCAGAGGAUAGUGAUGGGCAGGGCCAAGGUGAGUUCCAGCAGAGGGACUUCUCCGAGGCCUAUGAGCGGUACCACACCGAGAGCCUUCAGGGCCGCAGCAAGCAGGAGCUGGUGCAAGACUACCUGGAUCUAGAGCGGCGGCUUUCGCAGGCUGAGGAGGAGACUCGGAGGCUGCAGCAGCUGCAGGGCUGCCCCAGGGGCCAGGCCUAUCGCCAGGUGGAGGAGCUGGCCGCCGAGGUGGAGAGGCUGCGGACUGAGAACCAGCGGCUUCGACAGGAGAAUGAGAUGUGGAGCCGCGAGGGUAGCUGCUGGGAUGAGAAGCUGGGCUCUGAGGGGCCGGCUCAGCCAGGUGGGCCAAAAGACAAGGCCCCGUUUCAUGCCCACUCAGGCCACCAGGAGGCAGGUGACAGAUGAAAAUACUUAGCAUUCUCUGCGCCCUCUGAGAGAACAGCCAAGACAAGUCCAGACUUCCCACCUCGUCGCUUCUACAAUGGGUUCUUUGAUAUCAUCUUGCUUUUUAUAGAGAAAUUAAAUGGUCUUGUGAGACCCUCUGCGAGUGACAGGAA